UUGAAGAGUGCACUGCUGACUGUGAUCAGGUCGCUAUAUUAAUUGAUCUCGCGCUAUAUUCACGCAUUGUACGACAGCGCGACACCGUUCAAUUGACGACUGAAAGCUUCGAGCUCAAACACUUUCGGGCCGAUAGCUUCACUAAUUGAUAUCGAUACUAACUGCAAAGCUGCAAAAUGCUCCCCACCCCAUCGACAGAGCACGUCUCCUUCGACACCAUCUACGAACCCUCCGAAGACUCAUACCUCUUCCUCGACACGCUCUCCUCCGUCUCCGAAUCAGAAUGGCUCUCCGCGCGCUUCAAUAGCACCAGCACCAGCACCAACACCACCGCCCCGCUAGUCGUCGAAGUUGGCACCGGCUCCGGCGUCGUCCUCGCCUUCGUUGCCGCCAACUCCCAUGAGAUCUUCGGCCGCCGCGACAUCCUCACCCUCGGCACAGACGUGAACCGUUACGCCUGCCUCUCCACCCGCACUACGGUAAAAACAGCCAUUCAAGAGCGACAAGCAGCCGCAGCCCUGAAAUCCACACAUAUCGCCUCGGUGCUAGGUGAUCUCUGCAGCCCCCUGCGCCCGGGCUCCGUUGACGUCCUCCUCUUCAACCCGCCGUAUGUGCCGACGGAGGAACUGCCGCGUCUGCCCCUGGUGACGGAGCAGGAGGCUGCGGCCGCAGCGGAGCCGCUGUCAAGAUCGGCCAAGUUCGAGCGGGACUCGUAUUAUCUGUCAUUGACGGGGUGGAAGGCCGAGUCGGUUGGGAAUAGUGGGACGCAGGCUGGGUGGGAGAAGUUGGUCAUUGUGAGGAUAUGGAGGGAUGAUUCUCAAUAG